AUGAGACGCACCAGAGAUUUUGAGUCUGAUGAAUACUUGAAUACCGCUGGGCAAUAUGAGACAAGAAGUCGCCGAAAGAAGUUCCACACGUUAACCGGUGACGAACAGAAUGAAUGCACUUCCAGUGGAUACACUGCUUGUUCACUUAACUAUGAUAUGGCCAGCAAGAAACCUGUCUGCAUGAAACGUCAUCUGGAUUCUGAUACACAGGGAAGCGGUAUUUCGAAACGCCAGAUUCCGCAACGUGCUCGUCGAUUACUGGAUUUGUUUCCAAAGUCAGGUAUAUCGGAAAGAUGGGGUGGAAAAUUGCCGAAAUCAGCAGACGGUAUUAAGAACAUUCCUUCACCGACGGGACAGUUUCUCCAAAAUGCUUCAAGUGCAAGCGGACACGGUGUAACGAAACAGAACGAGACGCGCGGGAAAUUCAGAAUCAUUGACUCUAUUUCAUCUACUUCGCAAACUCUGAAUGGUUCGGAAGCGAUGAGAGGAUCUGUCACGCAGAUGACAGAUGAGGAAGUUGAUGCUGCAUUUAAAGAACUCUUGGAACAAAUGAAUAUCAAGGGCGAAAAGCUGCGUGCCUUACUGUCUCGUGACAUGGCAAAAAAACGACAGAUGGUUUCACAGUCCUUGAAACUUAAUGUUGCUGCUCAGGUGGCAACUAAGCAUCCACUCGAUUUCGUGCAGCGUAUGGAGAGGGUUUUAAACUUGCGGGAGGAUGGGAGAGGCUUUUUAAAAGACUUCAUGAAGGAGAUGAAAGUGCAGCUUAGUGUUGAAAAGGUUGAUUGGAUAGCAGAAUUUGGAAACCAAGGGGGCAUUCGAUAUAUACUAUUGAUCAUGAAGCGUCUCGUUGAUACGUUCAGGAAGUCGGAAAUGCCGGAGCAAGAAGAGGACAAUGCUUCACUUCUUUUUGACUCUGUUAAGUGUCUGAAAUCAAUAGUAAAUACUUGGCCUGGUAUGGAUUUAUGUUUCAAAAAGGAUUCUAAAAUGUUUGCCUGUCUUGUUGGGACCUUAACAGUUGCUUCACGGAAGCCACCGUUAGAUUUUUGGGAGAUGUUGAAAUUUGAAACACUCAGCUUGUUAACGGUAGUGGCUUUUAUCAACGACGACCAGUUUGAAGUGAGAGGGCAAGUUUUAGUUUCCUUAAGAGAUGCACUCCUAAACGAAUUAACGGAGGAGGGGAGAAAAAGAGGCUGCGAAAGGUUUAAAAGCAUAGUCGACUGUAUAAAAAAGUCCAAGAGACUUGAUGUUGUGAAAAAAGCUUUAAUGUUGGUAAACAUCAUUCUUGAUGUUCGGGAUCCGGACGAUACGAGUACAGAAGAGGGGAAAGCAGAAGCAGACGAGGCGUGGCAAAUGCGUAUGCACUGGCGCAGCGAAUUCAUGAGGGCUGGUUUAUACGACUGCGUAGAGUUCCUGGAGAGUUGUUCUGUGGAGUCAGUCAAGGCGCAGUAUGACACCUUCUGUCAUAACAAGGAAGCCGAUUUCUCUGAACUCAUACAACGCUUUGAACUAAUUAAAGGUGAGUAUGAGGACCCUGAAUCUUGUUUUGCAUUACUGCACAGCAGCGUCAAAAAUUCCAAGGCAGAAGGAUGCUUGCUCAGUAUACUUCAGCAUUUGCUUCUCAUAACAGACGACUUUGUUGUUCGUUUCAAUUACUUUCGCCUAAUCGAGAACUGUAUAUCAGAAAUUGUACUUCCAAAAAACUGCGUAGAUCCGGAUUUCAGGGGAAAAUUUGAGUUUACACAGGAUAUUUUUCAGACUGUCGACAGCUAUGAAGAAAAUGAGGUGAUACAACAAUUAAACAAGCGACUGGAGUACGCAACCCAGCUGAAGAAUGAAGCACUGGCUAAGCAGAGCCAGUACUUCAUGAAAAUGAAUGAGUUUUCGGAAGAAAUUAAAGGUCUUCGUAAGCACAUUGAUGAUCCGUCUGCCCCAGUACCAGAGCCUACCCCGUGCGCUCUGCCGCCGCCAAAAAUCAUCGCGGAGCCGACCCCGGAACUGCCUAGUGCUACGAGCGUGCCUGGCCCA